AACCUGAAGCCACAAGAGUUCUGGUACACUGAAUUAUCUGCAAGCAGAUGCAUUAAUUGGAUUUACAGCACUGACAUAGUGGCAGCAAGUUAAAUCAAAGAGUUAGGAAGUAAAAUAGAAAAAUAACAUAGAAUGACUUCAACAAGCAAAGGCUGGAUAUGGAAAUGGUUAGCAAUCACACACUUGUUUAUGAUGGUUUCUGGUCAGCAACUUAAAGCAGCUGUAACACCUUUGAUUCCUCAAAAGCCUUUCAUUGUGGUUUGGAAUGCUCCAACGGAGCAGUGCAGACUGCGUUACAACAUUGAUCUGGAUCUCAGUGUGUUUGACAUUGUUGCCAACUCGAACGAAACCCUAAGUGGAUCAAACGUUACUAUUUUUUAUCAUACUCACUUGGGAACGUAUCCCUAUUACACUGACUCUGGAGAUCCUAUCAAUGGUGGUGUUCCCCAAAAUGAAAGCCUUAAAAAGCACUUAAUUAAGGCUGAGUCUGAUAUUAACAGGUUAGUACCCUUCAAGGAUUUCAAAGGAUUGGGAGUAAUUGAUUGGGAAAACUGGAGACCACAAUGGAUUCGAAACUGGGGCAAUAAAACCAUCUACAAGGAUAAAUCAAAAGUCUUGGUAAAGAAACACCACCCUCACUGGUCAGACGCUGCUAUCACAAAGGAAGCGCAAAAAGAAUUUGAGAAAGCAGGAAAGGAUUUUAUGGGUAACACACUGCUGCUGGCCGAGCAGAUGAGGCCAAAUGGACUUUGGGGUUACUAUCUUUUCCCAGACUGCUACAACUAUGAUUACAAGGUCCACCCACACAGUUACACAGGUGUUUGCCCAGACGUUGAAUAUGUGCGCAAUGACCACUUGCUGUGGCUCUGGAGAGACAGUACUGUAUUAUAUCCCUCAAUAUACCUGGACUAUGAACUAAAGUCAUCAUCAAAUGCCUUAAAAUUUGUCCACUAUCGUAUAAAGGAAGCUAUGAGAAUGGCUUCAGUUGCUAAGCCAAACUAUACUUUGCCUGUUUUUCCUUAUGCAAGACCAUUUUAUGCAUAUACUUUUCAUGUGCUUUCUGAGGUAAGAUUAAUUAUUCACUUCUCAAUGAAAAUAUCACAUAGGGUACUGUCAGUCCUUCAUUUCUUUUCUCACUAUUGA